AAUUUUUUUUUCUCACUUUAUUACAAUCGACUGUUUACAUCACAGAACUUUUUAUAGUAUAACUGAAUAUGGCCGGCUAUUAAGACGGUUUCAUAACGAAUGUAGUCUGUUAAAAUUAAUAAAACUAUUAGGAAAGAAAGUAAGAUUCGUUAAAAGUAAAAUGGCAAGCAUGGCAAACAUUCGAAGUAUCUGCAAAUUAAAUCGAAUAUGGUGGAGCCCUAAAAUUAAAAAACAAGUAAAAAUCCAUUUCGAUCGAACUAUCGGUACGACUACUGUUCACAAAUUCAAGACUUUUUCAAAUCAUAUGGAUAAAGUAAGUGAUGGGAAUCGUAAGAAUUGGGUAUCUUAUGGAUUUUCCGAAGAAAGCGAAAAACUCGAUAAACAAAUUAUGCAUUUUUCGUUUUUUAUAACAAUAUCAAUUUGCCUAACUCUUGGAGGUUAUAUCCUUAUAUACUUACCAGACUUCAAAAUGAAGGAUUGGGCACAACGAGAAGCCUAUUUGGAGCUAAGACGUAGAGAGAACGGGGGUUUACCACCGAUUGAUCCAAACUUAAUUGAUCCGAGUAAAUUUUUACUGCCAUCGGAUGAAGAACUAGGUGACUCUGAGAUUAUUAUUUAGACAUUCUCUGUAUAAUCCCUAAGAUCAAGACUACAAUUAAAGAUUUGUAUCGAUAGGUAGUAAAGGCAAAAUUAUUAAUGUUCAAUUAUUAACUUAAAUAAUGUAAUAUAUGUUUCAAAUAUAUUAAUAAGUACUUCUAUUAUUAUUAUAAAAUUUGCAUUUUCAUAUGAGUUUAAAACCUUACCAAUCUGACGUCGAUA